AUGCCUCCCAAGGAGAACUCGGUUGGCUACCGCCGCAAUGGCAAGAAACAGGCUUGUGAGCCGUGUCGGAAGGGAAAGCUUGGGUGUGACCACGGAGCACCAUUCUGUGGAAGAUGUGUACGACGGAAAACCACCUCGAAAUGUAUCUAUCAUCCGGCACCCAUGACGAGAGGCCGAGGGCCUACGACUGCUCUCUCUGUCGUACAAGAACCUCCAGCGGAUAAAGCCAACUCGUCUGUCUGCUUCAAUUCGCCUCCAGCUUCAGCAACAUUAAAUCCCCCGUUCUUCUCGCCUCCGCUGUCCGUACCACGUGAUGUUGUUACGAAUGGAAACCCUCCUGGAUAUACCAGUAUCACCGUCCAGACAACGGCUACUCAAACCACCAAUACACCUUGUAGUUCCACGAACAGCCAGAACAGCGCCAUGGGCCAGCCCAAGGGUCCUCUAGGGGCAUGGAAGCAUUCUGAAUACCCACGUUCUCAAAAGUUCUACGGGCCCACAAGCUUCUCAGCCAUAUUUUCUGAAAACGACGCCAAAGUCAACAGAGACCUAUUAGAUAUCGGAGAAGAUAAGCGGAAACACCCUGGGGCUUGGAUGUAUGGCGAGCCUCUCUUCGGCUUCCACCGUCCAAACGGACCGACUGCGAGAGAGAAACAGACUUUGAGAGCCUUGUGGAAUCUGCCUUCUAAGGAGACUAUGGAAGCCCUCGUGACCGUUCCGCAGUCUCUGAGAUGUCCGAGUCUCAAUUUCAGGAUGAUGAGACACUGUGUCACGACUUUGUGGGCAACAUUUGGAUCCGAGUUAACUGCUCCUAGACCAGAAAAGCCGACGCUGGAUUGGCGGGAAACUGCAGACGAACCACCGCCUUUACUUGCUAUAUCUGAUGCUCUAUUUGGUAACGAAGAGAUGCCAUUGCCUCCUGACCCCGAUGAUGGAACAGAGUGGUUGAAUAACUUCACGGGACCCAACAUCAGAUUUGAAAUGAUGGGGAUGUUGUUUUGUUUCUUCGGUUUAGCUUAUCUGGCGUCGCAAGACUGGGAUCCUAUAUUCAGUCAUCCGGAUAAUCAUGGUCGUGAUAGGAAACAAGCUGCCUGGAGGAUGAAAGAAUGUGCUAAUGUGUGUUUAACAAUGUGCGAUUAUUCGGAAACGGUAAAUUACUUGGUUACGGCACUGAUUCUGAAUAUCAAACGGGUUGAAACGGGCUGCACUGGAGAUGAGACAUAUCAAAUGAGGAGACUCCACGGCGAUAUGGUGACAACAGCAAUCACCUCUGGCCUUCACAGGCUGCCAGAAUAUGGAACGACCAAAGUUACAGCUGCUUUAGAGUACAAACGGCGACUUUUCAGUAACAUCUACUGCAGCGACAAGAUCCACUCCUCCCUCAAUGGUGUCCCGCCAUUACUGACUCGUCAAUUCUGCGAUGUUCAACUAUGUCUUGAUCUUGCUGACGAUGUACUCUUCGCACCUCCAGAGCAGCUCGAUGAAGCUAUCAGUAGACUCGGGUCAGAGGGCUGGAACCCGUCUGGUGUUUGCUAUGAGAUCUCAACUGUGCUUCGUGCAAGGACACUAAUCCAUAUGAUCCGAGAAGAAAUCCUAGAAUUGGCGCUCGGAAUCAAUGUCACUAUCUCGGUAGAGCGUAUCAAUGAACUGCACGAGAAGUCCCAGCAAAUGUUCGAAUCCUUUCCCCAACAGUUGCACUACUACGACAAAGAAGGCAUUGCCAAGAAUAGCACCGGAAACCUGCUCUAUGACCAAGCUUUUCUCAGCCUCCAACAACUCCAGAACAAGUUCCUAAUCGACCGAGUCGCCAAAGCUCGUGGUCUUGAAAACGGUCAAGGGCUCCUCAAUACAGCAAUGGAGAUGAUCGACCUGUCCCUAAUGUUCUGGAGCAAGAGAGACCAAUUGAUGGCUCACUCACACGGCUUCGAUUGGAUCAUGACCUAUUACGGCAUCCCUUCCGCGGGUGUGAUUUGCGUUGAGCUCUUGAAAACGUCCUCAGGACAUAGUUCCGUGCAACUCUCUCGUUCCGACGCCAUCCAAAAACUCACGCUCUUUAUUGCAUUCUUGGAAUGGAUUCGGCCUACAGAUGGGAACUACACCCUUGCACAGCGACUGAGGAAGGUCGUGAGACAGGUACUGGAUUAUGUGCUUGAUGUGGGGGUGAAGGACCCGGCACCGGAUUUUGUAGCGGGUGGGGAACAGUUACAGUAUGACCCUAUGCCGGGGAUGGGGUUUGAUAAUAUGAACGAUCUGGACUGGCUGAAUACUAUAGAUUGGACGCAGGGGUCUUGGAUAGAUUUCAAUUGA